AUGGAUAGUCCUUCGUCCCGCUCGGAUGGCCCGAAACGCCACAGCCUGACCGUGUUCAAUGAAAGCGAAAGUGACAACACCAACAAACGGUCGCGUACCCCGUCGCCUCAACUGCCGCAUAAAGGUCCGAAAAAAGUAUCCUUUUCCGACGAGCUCCCACAGGGAGUCGCAGGGUCCUCUGAACCGUCCUCCUCUCCGGAUGCAGCUUUGACCCAGAAAAGUGAAAGUGUCAAACUGUCCCACUCCGAUGUGAACCCGUUUGUGUUUGUGCUGCAGAAAAAUGACUCCUAUCUGGAUCACCUGCACCAGAUGGAGGACACCGUAGACUCCGCUCCGCUCAGCACCUCGGACGUGUUUCCAAAUCAACGAAAAGUUUCGAUCCAUAAAACGGAAGAAAGUGAAACUCCAUUGGAAGAGCCGGAGCAAAGGUCUGCGCCGGUGUCGAUCUUGAAACCUAGUGACCCAAUUUCAGAGCAAGCAUCAGCACCGGAACCGUCACCGGCCAAACCGUCGACGACCAGCUUUGAUCCCAUUUCCGCCGGAUUAGUGAAUGACCUGCGGGCUCAAAGCAAGUUGGUCAGCGAAGCGAUGGCCGGAAAAAAGCAAAACUUAGCUGACAGUGACAAAAUUGAGAAAAGUGUCGCCGUUGCAGGUGCUGCUGCCCCGGCGGAAGCGGCUGUUAGUGUGAUGGAACUGGAAGUAAAGCGUGACAAGCGCCGUUGGUUGCUGAUUUCCGAGCUGAGUGCGGUUCUGGGCGAGGAGAAGCACUCCGUCGAUGGAUUCAAGCGUAUUUUCCGCGAACAGGCGUUCCUGCAGAAUUUGUUUCGACUAUUCGACAUGGACAACGAGAACUGUUUGGUGCAGGAUAAGUGGAUCGAACAUCUCAAGGGAAGGCUAACAGAUGAAAAACAAAUCGAUUUCGCCGAACAGCUGGAAUCGGUAGCAUACGUGCUCUGCGGUGAAGGAACAGUGAGCUACGAAAAGUUCUGCCAAAUAUGGCAUGCUAAAGGGAUCUUAGACAAACUGUACCGACUAAUCGACACCGAUUCCACGAACCUCCUCUCGACCAAUCAGAUCAUGGAAUUUAUCUCAAACCUUACGAACUCACGACCGCGAACCGGCUUCGACAAAUCUUCCCUGGAACGGCUGGAGCAGCUCUUCGUUAAAACCGUCGGCAAUGAGAAGGAAAUCCGGCGGGAAGAAUUCAAAAAGAUUGUAACGUCGAAAAAUCCAUUCUUCACGGAGCGUGUCUUCCAGAUCUUCGAUAAGGACAACUCCGGGUCCAUUUCGCUGCAGGAAUUUAUCGACGCCAUCCAUCAGUUCGCCGGGCAGUCUGCGGAAGAUAAAAUUAAAUUUUUAUUCAAAGUAUAUGAUUUGGAUGGUGACGGUCUGAUCCAGCAUCUGGAAUUGCAACAUGUCAUGCGAGCAUGCAUGGAGGAAAAUGGGAUGCGAUUUUCCGAAGAUCAGAUCGAAGAUCUUACGAUGGCAAUGUUUGAAGACGCCGACAAGUUCAACCGGGGCGCUAUCACCUACGAAGCACUCAAGAGUCAGCUCGAGAAGCACGGCGGCCUGCUGGAGAAUUUGAGUAUCAGUAUCGAUCGGUGGCUCGUUCCGCUGCCCCAGGAGGAUACAACCAGGAAGAAGCAGAGCAAGAAACCACUGCCACAUCAGCUGACGGCUCCGUACAUUAAAAAUAAUUAUGUGUACCUGGCGUUUCUGGCUAUCUUUACUCUGAUCAACGUGGGUCUGUUCAUCUCGCGUGCGAUCCAGUAUCGUAAGAGCAACGGAUUUGUCAUAUUGGCGCGAGCCUGCGGACAAUGUCUCAACUUUAACUGUGCCUUCAUUCUGGUGCUGAUGCUGCGCCACAGUAUCACCUUUCUCCGGACGCGUGGGUUUACCGCCAUUCUGCCCCUGGACCAGCACAUCUAUCUGCACAAGCUGACCGGGGCGCUGGUGGCCGCGUACAGUUUGCUGCACACCAUCAUGCACCUGUUUAAUUUCACAACUAUUGUCGUCAACGAUCCGGUCAUCAAUGCGAAGAAUUUCACCACCGCCGAAUGGUUGUUUACUUCCCGGCCCGGUCUGUUUGGCUUGGUCAGUGGUUGCGCCAACCCAACGGGGAUCGCCUUGGUCUUCAUCCUGCUGGUGAUGUUCAUCUGCUCGCAGCCGUUCGUUCGACGAGGAGGAAGCUUCGAAGUUUUCUACUGGACACAUCUGCUGUAUAUUCCGUUUUGGAUUCUAGUUUUUUUUCAUGGGCCUAACUUCUGGAAGUGGUUCAUUGUUCCUGGGACUAUCUAUUUGGUAGAGCGAACCCUAAGAUUAGUUUGGAUGCGAACACAGCACGGAAAGACGUACAUCUCAUCCGGACUGUUGCUGCCUUCCAAGGUUACUCAUCUGGUCAUCAAGCGACCACUGCACUUCUGGUUUCGUCCGGGUGAUUACGUGUUCGUGAAUAUCCCUGCAAUUGCUAAGUACGAGUGGCAUCCAUUCACGCUGAGUAGCGCUCCCGAACAGGAGGAUUACAUCUGGCUGCACAUACGAGGCGUCGGCGAAUGGACCAAUCGGUUGCACAGUUUCUUCGAAAAGGAACAGGAACGAUUACACAACGGAGAGAUUCCGGCCGUUAUUGCGGGUUGCUCGACAAGUCCAUCUUCCUCGACAACUUCGGUAGUUCAGGAAAAACCUAAAGAGGUGCCCGUAAAAUUUUCCCCAGGCCUCCCUAAAAGCGCCAGCGUGGAAUCGCCACUGGCAAAAAGUACGGAGAAUACUUUCGAAAAGCCACUGAUAAACAAGCGCGCUCCCCCGGGGACAUCGAAGUUAGCAAUGGAAAGUUACACGGCUCCUCCCCCGAAUGCUCCGCCCAAAUUUGACCGCCAACUGUCAGAGAAUAGAGCAAUUAAAAAAAUUCAAGCAACACUGCAGCGUACCUUCUCCAGAAAGGAUCAAUUCCGAGGCAACGGCGUUUCCAACGAAGGCUUCACCAGUGACGAUGGGUUGGACGAACCGAAGCGAAAAGUUACUCCGGAGCAUAACCUUCACAAGCUACUGUUUCAGGCAAAGGUUCCCCUGGAAAAGUCACUCUCGAUGCCUGAUAUUCAAAACAAAAUUAAGAAACGAGAACGCAUGAUGGUCCUUCGUGAGUACAUGCGUUCUGAAUCUGAAAGAUCCUUCGACGAAGUCCAGAUCAGAAAAGCUCGUCUACAAUCACUUGGUUUGGCCUAUCUAAGUCCACAGAACAAAUCACUGGCUCAAAGUUUCCGAUAUAUGCGCAACAAGCCAACAAUCAUCGCAUUCAAGACGCCCAGUCUAGAAAACUGCGAACCACGUGACUCCACCAAUUCGAUGGUGGUUUCGCCGGGUGUCUUCACCCAGAAGGAAGCAGAAGAAGGAAAGAUCGUUCACAGGAAUGGAACAUCGCCAAAAGUAAAACCAGGCGCGACAGACGAAGACAAACUGCAACGACCGAUAAACUAUCCAGUCGGAAAACCGCUGGAAAUCUAUAUCGACGGUCCGUACGGGGCUCCUUCGAGUCAUAUUUUCCAAGCACAGCAUGCCAUUCUGAUCGCUACCGGCAUCGGCGUCACACCAUUUGCAUCCAUUCUGCAGUCUAUCAUGCACCGGUACUGGAAGGCACGGCAUUGCUGUCCACGAUGUAACUACGAAUGGUCCAGCGAGAUUCCACCGACCAUCAUGAACCUCCGAAAGGUGGACUUUUUCUGGAUCAAUCGAGACCAACGCUCGUUCGAGUGGUUCGUUAAUCUGCUUUCGCAGCUGGAAAUCGAGCAAGCAGAACUGGGUGGGGCCAUGGAGCGGUUUCUGGAGAUGCACAUGUACAUCACCAGUGCACUGCAGAAAACGGAUAUGAAGGCAGUGGGGCUACAGUUGGCGCUGGACCUGCUGCAUCAGAAGGAAAAACGUGAUUUGAUCACCGGGCUCAAAACACGUACCAACGCUGGUCGACCGAAUUGGGACAAGGUGUUCAAGCAAAUUCAGGACCAGAAAAAGGGCAAAGUGACCGUGUUUUACUGUGGACCCCCGCAACUGGCCAAAACUUUGCGCUAUAAGUGCGACCAGUUUGGGUUCCAGUUCCGCAAGGAAGUGUUCUAG